CGAAGUCGGCAUCGAGUCGGUGUUCGCCCUCCGAAGGCGGAAUAGAUUAUUGUAUUGCAGUGUGCACAUAUGACUGUUGUUUCCCGAUGGAUAUGUUUUCCCUCCAAAGGAGAGAAGCAUCUCAUUAACCCUCUGCUUUUCGACUCCCAAAGUUAAGCAUCUUUCCUCCGUCGUCAUCCCUUGAUCAGUUGCCAAAUUGCGUGGGUCUUGUCUCCUUUCGCUUGCUAAUGUUCGCCCGCUGUGUUGGACGCUAAGUGCAUUUUUACAGACGUCUCAUAGGUUUCGCGCAUUUGGGUUCUGCUGGUCCAUUGCAGACGAGUCACAACCGGUUGAUUUUGAUUUCACUUUCACUGGUUCUUGUGAGGUUCUCUUUCCCAUUUUGUUCUUGUGUUACGCCUUGUGAAAAAAAUGCAGACUUUUGAGUUAUGCUGGAACUCUUUGCCCCUUUGCUCUCUCAUUUCGUGUUGAUGGUGAUCUCUGCUUACGAGUCCUGCUCGUUAAUCGCCUUUUAUUCGUUUUAGAAUUACGGGGAACGCUAGAAGCUGUCAACAAACAAUUUAGCCAUGUUCCAUCCGUGAGUAAUAUACAACUCCGCAUGCGUUGAGUGUUUUAGAACAAGCGACAUCGAGUCGGGAGGACGAAAGCAGCAGCGGAAACAGUAGCGUCAUUGAUUAUAGCAGAGGGAAAAAAUUUGCCCCAUGCAUUUCUCAACAGUGCCUUCAUCAGAUUCCUGGCAGCCCGUUUUGACGGCUGAUUCUACGGACGCAUACUAUUGGUUGAACUGGAGAGUUUUGCUAUGUGCUAUUUGGGUGUUAUCUUCCAUGAUCGUUGCAUCCAUUUUGAUAUGGAAGUUUGAAUGUUCGAACACAGAGACACAAGGGUCCUCGCCAGAGAGCCACUGUCCUUUGUACGAGGAUGAGCUAUGGAGACCUUGUCUCACAGAGGUCCAUCCUGUUUGGUUGCUGGUUUUUCGACUUAUAGCCUUCGCCAUACUUCUGGCAUUUCUUAUCAUCAAUGGCGCUGUGGACGGGCGGGGCAUCUUUUAUUACUAUACCCAGUGGACAUUCAUUUUGGUCACCAUUUAUUUUUUGCUUGGCUCAGUGCUGUCUGUCUAUGGGUGCAAUAAGUAUCUUCGUAAAGUUACUGGGGAUAAAGUUGCCGUCACAAGGUCAGAUGCAGAGCAUGGAACAUAUGCAGCUCCUGUGAAUGGUGCAAAUGGAAUUAUUCAGCAGUCUGGUGUGCGUGCAGCUGGAUUUUGGGGUAAUUUGUUUCAAGUAAUCUUUCAGACAAGUGCAGGUGCCGUAAUGCUCACUGAUUGUGUCUUUUGGCUCAUCAUAUUUCCGUUUCUGGCCAUCAGAGAUUAUAAUCUGAAUUUCGUACUGAUUUGUAUGCACUCGCUCAAUGCAGUUUUCCUUCUUGGUGACAUUACCCUGAAUAGCUUGAGUUUCCCCUGGUUCCGGAUUGCAUACUUCCUACUUUGGACUGCAAUCUAUGUCAUAUUCCAGUGGGUGAUCCAUGCAUGUGUGGAUAUCUGGUGGCCAUACCCAUUUCUUGACCUGUCCUCCACUUAUGCCCCUAUAUGGUAUUUCGUGGUGGCGGUGAUGCAUAUCCCUUGCUAUGCUGCAUUUCCUUUAAUUAUAAAGAUGAAGCACAUUCUACUCUCCAGAUGGUUUCCUCUGUCCUAUUCUCCAACGAAGUAACUGCCUACUAAACAACUAGCGGCCGAUGAGAGUACAAGAAGUAGUUCUUCCCUAAAGAUAGUGGCCAAUUGAAAGCAGCUAAACCGGAAAUGACACUGAGUGGGAGACACUUUGGGUUAUUACCACACGGAAAUGACACUGACAUUAUCAGGGCUCGAGAAAAUAGAUGAAGAUUGGUUCCUUAUACUAUUGUGAAUUUUGCUUUUGGAUAUGCUGUAAAUUUUAUAGACACAUCAAGCAUUCAUAUUCAUUCUUUCAAUAAAUCUUUCAUAUCAAAA